UCUUUUGCCACCAGACGUCUCUUUUUCGUCUCAGAUAACGUAAAACAGGCUCUGGAUUGUCCUUAAGGAAAACCCCUAUUUCCUUGCUUGCUCUAGUGUCGACUCGGUGUUUUCUAUCGUGUAUUCCUGGCUCGCCUCGCAAUGCUUCCAAACAGUCUGUUUGUUUUUGUGUCCCUCAUUGCGGCUUUGACCGUCUCCUCUGCAGCGGGCGAAUUGACAAGAGCUACAGUCUACUGGGACACCCAACAGAAGACUGUCCUGCUGAAGGACGGGGUUCUGGAUUUAAAGGGAGACGCAUUUGGCUUCCUGAAUGACACCUUGUCCAGUACUGGCUGGAGUGUCCUCGAGAUCCGGGCUGGAUACGGAGAAACGUCUGAGACUGAUGAGGUCACCUUUUUCUUGGCGGGCUUCCUGGAAGGCUUUCUCACUGCACAACAGAUGACAGAUCACUACGCCAACAUGUUCCCUCAGCUCAUCCAUGACCCCAACAUCCUGGGUCCGCUUCAGAGCUUCAUGAAGCAGCAGGACUCUUGGACCAGAGUGCAGGUGAAAAGCAACAAGAGUUCCGACCCUCUGUGGAGACACGCGGGUUUCGUGGUUGCCCAGAUGGACGGCCUGCAAGCUGGAGCGGCGGAAUGGGCCAAGAGACAAGGGAAAAAGCCACUGUCCCUCUUUGCCAUUCAAUUCCUGAAUGCGGUCGGAGACCUGUUGGACCUGAUUCCUGCCUUGGUCCCCAGCUCCCCUCCACUCGAGGGCUACAAACUCCCAGGGAUGGGACACUGCUCGGCUCUCAUAAAGAUGCUCCCGGGUUUUGAGAACCUCCUCUUUGCCCACUCCAGCUGGUACACGUACGCAGCCACCAUGCGGAUCUACAAGCACUGGGAUUUCAACAUUGCUGACGCCGACACGGCCACUGGGAAACUCUCUUUCAGCAGCUACCCUGGUUUCCUGGUGUCCCUGGAUGAUUUCUACCUGUUGGGAAGUGGUCUCAUGAUGACCCAGACAACCAACAAUGUCUUCAACUCUUCCCUCUUUCACAAAAUCACCCCCAAAAGCCUGCUGGCCUGGCAGAGGGUUCGACUGGCUCAUGGUUUGGCUCAUACAGGAGAGGACUGGGCGAAAAUUUUCUCUCAGUACAACUCGGGUACGUACAACAACCAGUACAUGGUGUUGGACAGAAGCAAAGUGAAGCUGGGCCACAGUAUUAUGGAUGGUGCGCUGACUGUGGUGGAGCAGAUCCCCGGCCUGGUGGAGUACUCGGACCAGACACAAGUCCUGCGCCAAGGCUACUGGCCGUCCUACAACGUCCCCUUCCACCAGAACAUUUACAAGUUGAGCGGGUACGAGGUGAUGUGGCAAAAAUAUGGAGAGGAUUUCUCCUAUGAUCUCUGCCCCAGAGCCAAGAUCUUCCGCCGUGACCAAGCUGAUGUCAACGACUUGGACUCUUUAAAACACAUCAUGAGAUUCAAUGAUUACAAGAAGGAUCCAUAUUCUAAGGAUCCCUGCAAGUCCAUCUGUUGUCGGAACGACCUGAAGACAGAAGAACCUUCGCCGGGCGGUUGCUACGACACUAAGGUCACUGAUUUCCAAAUGGCGGGGGAGUUCCACGUGGAAGCAGUGAACGGGCCAACGACGCAGGACGGACUGCCGCCCUUCACGUGGGAUGACUUCAGCAACGUCAGCCACCAGGGUCUGCCGCAGUUUUACAACUUCACCUUCGUCGGGAUGAAGCCUCGCCUCUUCCAGCCUUGAGUCCUGAACAGGGAAGGAAACCGGGUGCUCUCAAAAGGCAUUUAAGGUGAAUGAGCCACCAACCCACCGCGUGAUGAUUACUCCUGGACAUUCAAAACGUUCUUUUAGCUUUCUCUCAUUUCAGUUCUUUUAGUUUUUCCAUUACACUUCGAUUCUUGAAUCAAUAUGUCUGUUUAUCACAAUAAGAAUUUGUCUCAGGGUGAAUCGAGUCUGGUGCUUUCGUGCCUUUUGUAUGAUUUUAUAAAAUGCUUAAACAAUGCACGACGACUGUAAGCCAGGUAUGCGCUCGUAUUGUCUUUGUUGCCAUUUGAGUUGUUAAUUUCGUUGUGAAUGAAGCCAUCAAGUUCGGGAUCAAAUCUCAGGGCACUGCUGCACUUACUGCAUCAAUUUUGGAGCAUGUUUUGGUACAGGCUGCACAUUUGUGACAUUCUAUGAAU